AUGAAGGAUUCACAGCGUCUGGAUCUGCUGAAGGAAAUUGGUGGUACUCGAGUUUAUGAGGAGAGACGUCAUGAAAGUUUGAAAAUCAUGCAGGAGACUGGUAAUAAGAGAAAGCAAAUUAUUCAAGUUGUCCAAUACUUGGAUGACAGACUUCGAGAGCUUGAUGAAGAGAAAGAGGAAUUGAAAAAGUAUCAGCAGCUUGACCGGCAGAGGAAGUCUCUUGAAUACGCCAUUUAUGACAAAGAACUUCAUGAUGCAAGGCAGCAAUUGGUGAAGAUAGAAGAGGAAAUAUACAAGGUUUCGGAGAAAUCUGCCAUGAUGUACGAUAGUAUUUCAGACGCCCAAGCAAAUUGCAAGGAGUCGGACAAAUUACUUAAGGAUCUGACUAAAAAAGCUCAGAUUUUGAGCAGAGAGAAAGAAGAAAUAGAGAAACAGAGGACAGAAGCUAUUAAGAAGCAUGCGAAACUUAAGCUUGACGACGAAGACUUACGAGAUAAGGUUGAAGGGAAUAUAAAAGCUAAGGAGGAUGCUGCUAUACAACUUGAGCUUUUGGAUAAAGAAAUUCAGGGAUCCAAUGCUGAACUCACUAGAAUCACGCUCUUGUAUGAUGAGCAUGUUAGGGCGGAGGAUAAUUUGACCCGAGAGAUUAUGGAGUGCGAAAAACAGCUUAGCAUUCUGUACCAGAAACAGGGUCGUGCGACACAGUUUGCUACUAAAGCAGCUCGCGACCAGUGGCUUGAGAAAGAAAUUAAGGACUAUCAGCAAGUUUUAUCUUCAAACCUAGUACAGGAGAAAAAACUUAGGGAAGAACUUGAUCAGCUCAGGAAAGAUAUCCGAGAGCACGAUGCCUCUAUAAAGGUUCGAAAAGCUGAAGUUGCAGAAUUAGAAUCCCGAAUUUCUGGAUACAUACGAGGAUACAACCAGUAUAAAUUGGAGAGAGACGAACUGCAUGACAAGCGGAAGCUUUUGUGGCGGAAAGAGAGCGAACUUUCUGCUGAGAUUUAUAGGCUUAAAUCGGAGGUUGCUAAAGCCGAGAAAAGCCGUGAUCACGCAAUUCCUGGAGAUAUAAGAAGAGGAUUGAGUUCCGUGAGGAGGAUAUGUGAUCAGCAUGGUAUUGGAGGAGUACAUGGUGCUGUUAUUGAGUUGUUAGACUGCGAGGAAAAAUUUUUCACAGCUGUUGAAGCUACUGCUGGAAACAGCUUAUUUCAUGUGGUAGUUGAAAACGAUGAUAUAUCAACCAAGAUAAUCGGGCACCUCAAUGCACAGAAAGGUGGACGGGUGACAUUUGUACCAUUGAACAGGGUGAAAGUCCCACUAGUUACGUAUCCACCAAAUGUAGAACCACUUCUGGAGAAAUUAGAGUUCCUAGAGAAAUAUGCUUCAGCAUUUGGCCAGAUUUUCUCAAAGACGGUUAUUUGCCCAAAUUUAGAUGUUGCUACAAGAAUUGCCCGUACCGAUGGUCUGGACUGCAUCACCUUGGAAGGUGAUCAAGUAAACAAAAAAGGUGGCAUGACCGGUGGAUAUUAUGAUUAUAGGCGUUCUAAACUGAAAUUCGUCAGCACCAUUAGACAGAAUAAGGAUUCUAUUAUAAGUAAGGAAGAUGAACUGAAUAAAGUCAGAGACGAACUUCAAAAUAUCCUUCUGCCCCCACAGACUGACCAGAGAAUCAACGAACUAGUGGCAGAGCAGGAGAAAUUUGGCGCCAAGUUGGCUCAUGAAAAAUCUGAACUCGAACAACUGAGGCAGGACGUUAUAAAUUCUGAGAAGCAAAAACCAUCCAUUUCUAAGUCACUUGAUAAGAAAGUGAAGUCGCUCGACAGCAUAUUGACUCAGAUAGAACAUAAUAGAGCUAAUAUUGCUAAUAAAGAAAAGGAAAUGGGAACUGAACUUGUUGAUCACUUGACACCAGAGGAGAAAGAGUCGCUCUCUCGGUUGAAUCCUAAAAUAACUGAUCUGAAGAAGCAGCUAAUUACCUGCAGGAGUAACCGUAUGGAGGCCGAAACAAUAAAAGCAGAGCUUGAGAUGAAUCUUUCCACAAACCUUGUGAGGCGGAAAGAAGAGUUGGAGGCAGUAAAGCAAUCUGCAGAAACUGACGUGUUACAAAGAGAAGCAGCGCUGAACAGACAGGAAUUAGCACAUGAAAAAUUAUCGAUCGAUCAAUUGACUCAACAGCUCAAGCGAGUAACUAAGAGUAUAGACCAGAAGAAUACGGAACUGGAAGAAAUUAAAAUUGAAAAAGAGAAACUAAAAAGGUUGCAAGAUGAGUACCAAUCUACGCUGCAAGAUGAAGAGAAAGAUCUGGAGCAACUACUGAGUAAUAAGAAUAUAUAUCUGUCCAAGCAAGUAGAGUACUCGAAGAAAAUUCGGGAAUUGGGUCCACUAUCUUCCGAUGCUUUUGAAACGUACAAGCGAAGAAGCAUAAAAGAACUGUACAAACUGCUUCACAAAUGUAACGAGCAACUGCAACAGUUCAGCCAUGUGAACAAAAAGGCUCUCGAUCAAUAUGUUAAUUUCACAGACCGAAGAGAAGAGCUCCAGAGAAGACAGGCGCAGUUGGAUGCUGGUGACGAUAAAAUCAAAGAACUUAUAUCAGUUUUGGAUAUGAGAAAGGAUGAAUCAAUUGAGCGUACAUUUAAAGGUGUGGCUAAGCAUUUUCGAGAAGUAUUUUCUGAACUUGUGCAAGGAGGUCACGGAUUUUUGGUUAUGAUGAAGAAGAAGGAUAAUGACGACUUUGAUAAUGAUCAAGAUGACGAUGAGCCUCGACCAUCGGAAGCAGAGGGGAGGGUUGACAAAUACAUUGGCGUCAAAGUGAAGGUUUCUUUCACUGGGCACGGAGAGACGCAGUCGAUGAAACAAUUAUCCGGCGGUCAGAAAACUGUGGUGGCUUUGGCAUUAAUCUUCGCCAUACAAAGAUGUGAUCCUGCCCCGUUUUAUCUUUUUGAUGAGAUAGACGCAGCACUUGAUCCUCAGUACAGAACUGCCGUUGGAAACAUGGUUCGUCGCUUAGCAGACACGGCAAGCACUCAGUUUAUAACUACUACGUUUCGGCCUGAGCUUGUGAAAGUAGCUGACAAGAUAUAUGGUGUGGAGCACAAAAACAGAGUGAGCCGUGUUAACGUUGUGUCCAUUGAAGAAGCUUUGGAUUUCGUUGAGCGCGACCAGUCCCACAACGAGUGAUAUUAUUGGAAAAUCCUUGUCGAUAACUGACGUACAAUGACCACGAUGAGAAAAACUCCGUAAGUUAACCAAUUUCUCUCCUAACUUUA